AUGAUGCAGCACCUGGUCGCGAAGUGGACCGAGCAGCUGCAACGCUACACGAAACACAAAAUUCUCAUGGUGCCUAUGUUUGUGCGCUACCGAAAAAGCAGCUUUAUAUGGAUGCUGAUCACGCUUGGUUGUGCGCUCGUGUACCGUGGUCGUAUCUUUAUUUCUAUGCUCAUUUGUGUCCUAUUUCUCACUCUGGGCCCAUGGCUCGAUGGGAUUUACCAGGCCUAUACCAAGGACCUAAAGCUACCGUUCUCUACCAACAUGGACGACCUCAUUUUCGGCAAAUCCCACGUGUCUCCUGACGACAUGGAUAUCUUUUUUGAGCCCAGCUUCCAUACUUCCAAAGCGCUCCUGUUUUCUACUGCGCAUUGCUUGGUGGUCAUGAAUGCAUUGUUCUGUAUCGCCACAGCGUCUCUCUUUACGUUCAGUGUAAUUGGCUACCAAUAUCCGAAACUCUAUGAUCUCGAUCUCGAGUACAUCGCAUUCUCGGUCACGUACGCUUCUGCGUUGAUCCCUUUUUUUAUUAUGCUCUCUGUGCCCUCCGGCACAAAACGAUUGACAGCCUAG